AUGUCCACCGCCUCCGUUGCACAACAGGCAAUUCCAAAGGCUUUUCCCAAGAUGAUGCACCGAUACGUCGGAAACAGCCGGCUGUUUGAGUGCCUUAAACCGUAUGAAAAGUACCCUGCAGUGGCCUACUUGAACUCUGUCUAUAACAGUGCUCCCCUCUUCAAGUGGUCGCUCAGUAUUGUUCCACUUUAUGGCAUUUUCGUUGGGAACCCGCCGGUGGAGAAGGUGGACUUCAAUUCCAGUGCCGCCCUGUGCGCCACUGGAAUGGUAUGGUUUGUGUAUGCCCUUCUCAUCCAGCCGCAGAACUCCGGAAGUCGCUCCCUGGCGCUUGUCAAUAUUUGCCUGGCCUCCGUGAAUGGGUACAACUGCUACCGCAGCUGGAACUACAAGCGCCAAAAGGCAUUGAGUCAGUAA